AUGCUCAGUCUAAAGUGGCUGACUGUAUGUUUGCUUGGUAUAGCAUUGUUGUUAACGAAUGUUGUAAAAGCUGACGAUGAAAUCGAAGGUGAUGGAGGAGCCGUACCCAAAGUCGAUAAUAAUAUAGGAAAACAUACGGAAGGCUCGCGGACAGAUGAUGAAGUCGUGCAAAAAGAAGAAGAAGCAAUCAAACUUGAUGGGCUUAGUGCAAAAGAAUAUCGUACACUUGUUGACGCAUCAGAAAAACAUCAGUUUCAAGCGGAAGUAAAUCGUAUGAUGAAAUUAAUUAUUAAUUCAUUAUAUAAAAAUAAAGAAAUAUUUUUACGUGAAUUGAUAUCGAAUGCAAGUGAUGCUCUGGAUAAAAUCCGUUUCUUAUCGUUAACGGAUAAAGGUGUACUCGGUGAUAAAGAAGAGUUAGUGAUCAGAAUAAAGGCUGAUAAAGAAAACCGUAUGUUACAUGUCACCGAUACAGGUAUCGGCAUGACAAGGGAUGAUUUAGUUAAAUUUUUGGGGACAAUUGCUAAAUCAGAUACAAGUGAAUUUUUUAAUAGAAUACAACAGGCACAACAAAACGCGGAUACUGGUGCAUCAAUGAACGAUUUAAUCGGACAAUUUGGUGUUGGGUUUUAUUCAACAUUUUUGGUUGCUGAUCGUGUUAUUGUUACAUCAAAGCAUAACGAUGAUGAACAAUGGAUUUGGGAAUCAGAUUCAACUUCAUUCAAUAUCAUGAAAGAUCCAAGAGGAAACACACUGGGACGUGGUACAACUGUUACUGUUCAUUUGAAAGAAGAAGCUCAAGAAUAUCUAGAAUUAAAUAGAAUGGAAGAAAUUAUUCACAAAUAUUCACAAUUUAUUAACUUUAACAUUUUCUUAUGGAAGAGUAAAACUGUCAGUGAAGAAGUGCCAGAUGAUGAUAUCAUAACUGAUCAAACAAAAACUGACGAUGAAAAGAAAACUGAAGAUUCAGAUGCCGCUGUUGAAGAUGAAAAAGAUGAUGCUGAAAAGAAACCUAAAACAAAAAAAGUUGACAAAACUGUCUGGGACUGGGAAUUGAUGAAUGUAGCGAAACCGAUAUGGCAACGAAAGCCAAGUGAAGUUCAAGAAACUGAAUAUACUGAAUUUUAUAAAUCAUUUACGCGUGAAUCGACUGAACCCAUGAUUUAUUCUCAUUUUACAGCUGAAGGAGAAGUUACAUUUAAAUCAAUUUUAUACAUACCAAAAGCGGCACCAUUUGAUUUAUUUUCAAAUUAUAACAAGAAAACGGAUGCUAUCAAACUGUACGUUCGCCGUGUAUUUAUUACCGAUAAUUUUGAAGAAAUGAUGCCAAAAUAUUUAAGUUUUAUUCGUGGUGUUGUUGAUAGUGAUGAUUUGCCAUUAAAUGUAUCACGAGAAACACUACAACAAAGUAAAUUAUUGAAAGUAAUUAAGAAAAAACUGGUUCGUAAAGCAUUAGAUAUGAUUAAAAAAAUAUCGACUGAUGACUAUGAAAAAUUUUGGAAAGAAUUUGGUACAAAUAUUAAAUUGGGUGUUAUUGAAGAUGCGGCAAAUCGAACACGUUUAGCUAAACUAUUGCGUUAUACAACAUCAGCAUCAAAAGAUAAACAAAUUAGUUUAAGUGAAUAUAUUGAACGUAUGAAACCAAAACAAGAACAUAUUUAUUUUAUUGCCAGUAUGUCAUUAGACGAAGCGGAGAAAUCACCAUUUGUAGAGAGAGUAUUGAAAAAAGGUUAUGAAAUAUUGUAUUUAACUGAUCCCGUUGAUCAAUAUUGUAUGCAAUCAUUACCCGAAUUUGAAGGUAAAAAAUUCCAAAAUGUAGCCAAAGAUGGUCUCGUAGUAGACAAUCUUUCCGAUGAGAAAAGAGAAGGAAUAAAGAAAGAAUUAACAAAAACAUAUGAACCAUUAAUUAACUGGCUUAAAGAUAAAUUGAAAGAGAAAAUUGCAGAUGCAAAAUUAUCUGAUCGUUUAGUCAAUACGCCAAUGGCAUUAGUCGCAUCACAAUGGGGAUAUGACGGAAAUAUGGAACGUAUCGCUCGUGCACAAGCCUAUCAAAAGAGUGGCGGUGAUUCAUCAAUGAGUUAUUAUCUUAAUCAAAAGAAAACAUUGGAAAUAAAUCCGAGACAUCCAUUAGUCAAAGAUUUAUUGAGACGUAUUGAAGAUAGUAAAGAAGAUAAAACAGCGUUGGAAUUGGCUAAUGUAAUGGUUGAAGCAGCGACAUUAAGAUCUGGCUAUGAUUUGAAAGAUACAGCGGGCUUUGCUGAACGUAUUGAAUUUAUGUUACGUCGAGCAAUGAAUAUACCGUUAGAUGAAAAAGUUGAAGAUGAACUAGAAGAUGAUUCAAACGAAAAAAUCACAUUGACAGAUCAUGAUAUUAUUGACGAUGAUACUGAUAAAACAUCAUCUACUACAAAAGCAGAUGCUGAUGAGGAUACCACAACAACUGAAAAGGAUGAUCAUAUAGAUUUAUAA